AAUCUAUCUCAGCUCCACCUAAAUAUAUCGAUCUGAUCUCUCAAUUAAAUAACUUACUUUUGGAGUUAAUUAAUUAACGUAGAUCGAGCUAAUUAAGAACGUACAUAAAAAUCAAUCAAGUAGGUAAUCAACAUCAUCAUAUAUAUAUAUAUAUAUAUAUAUAUAUAUAUAUAUAUAUAGCUAGGAUCGAAGAAGGUAAGGGAGACAGGCAGGAUGUCGUGGCAAACAUAUGUGGACGAGCACUUGAUGUGCGACAUCGAAGGCAACAAGCUCACCUCUGCCGCAAUCCUCGGCCACGACGGCAGCGUUUGGGCGCAGACGGCCAACUUCCCCAAGUUGAGCGGCGAUGAAAUAAGGGCGAUCAUGAAGGAUUUUGAUGAGCCGGGUUCCCUGGCUCCGACGGGACUGUACCUGGGCGGGACCAAGUACAUGGUGAUUCAAGGUGAGGCCGGGGCGGUGGUGCGCGGCAAAAAAGGGCCCGGCGGCAUUACCGUCAAGAAGACCACCCAGUGCUUGCUGUUCGGCAUCUAUGAUGAGCCCAUGACUCCGGGCCAGUGCAACAUGGUUGUCGAGAGGCUCGGCGAUUAUUUGCUUGAGCAGGGCUACUAGCCAGCCAUCCCGCAUCCAUUUAAUUAAUCCAUAUAAUAAAAAUAAAUAAUACAUUCAUUAAUCAAUCCGCCCAGCCGGCCUGGCGCCCUUUCCAUCUAAUACGACUAAUUAAUAAUUAUAAGUAGCUUAUAUAUAUACAUAUAUUUCUUACGUCUUUAAUUACUAAACGUUAGUUUCUUAUAUAUACACAUACAUACAUACAUACAUAUGGAUCCUCAGCUCAUUGUUUAUAAGUUGGGAGGGAACACGUGACGUACGUUACGUACCCGGCCGGCCGGCCGGCCAAUUAUAUAUAUAAAUAAAUAAUAUAAUAUUCGAUCAGUUCAACAACCUUAAUUAUUAUUAUUAUUAUUAUUAUUAUUAUUAUUAUUAUUAUUAUUAUUAUUAGCAUGCAGUUGCAGCUGCUGCAUCCAUCAUUCAUCCUUGCUUAGCUCGCUGCCCACAUCGGAAUUCGGAGCGCGCGCGUCAACAGCCCGUGCAUGUUUUUCUCUCUCUUUUUGUAUGUUUUGUUUUUUUUUUUAUUUUGUGGAUCUAUUAGAUAUACAUGACUGCACACAUGCGGGCAUGCAGCAAUUCAUAAACUCCCAUCCACAUUUAUAUAUGUAUGUAUGUAUUUCAAUUCCCUCACACCAUUUUUUAAUAACGAUUACUCUACGAAUUAAUUAUAACAACGCACAUUAUAUUAUUUAUACGAUAGUAUAUAUUUGCCAAC